GGUGUUGUCAUCAUGGAGGUUAAAGGACAAAGUCGUUUCCCGAGAAUACUGCAUCGGCCACGUAUGGAAAAGCCGCUCCUGCACGUGGCUCAGCAAAACAUUAAGUUUGAAGAAUGUAUCAGGCUGGAGAGGACACAUCGGGUCCAGCUCCCGCCUGUCAAGGGUCCGCACAUGGUCUAUGACUGUACAGAUCCUACGGGGCCUCUCUACCAUGCCAAGAAGACCCAGGCUAAGGGCCAGGCUUCAAGGACAUCUUGGAUGAAGAUAGUCAAUACCCCCGGACCCGGCCUGUACAACAUUGAGCGGGGCUUCAAGCACACCGUUUCACGUGCCCCAAUGUUCCCAAUCAUUGGGGUAAGAAGACCAAAGAGGCACGACCUGGGACCCUUUACCACCCUUUAGGGUGUUAUCCUGUGUGGGGAGUCUCAUCGCAGCCAUGGCUGUAAACUGGUCUUCCCAGCAACUCCCAGUUCAGUUUGUUGCCGUUCCGAUUCUGACUUCUGUAUCGACCCUCAGGACCGAGAGUGUAAAUCUAC